AUGAUGGAGCGCCGCCAGACUACAAAUGGGCUCAAAACAUCGCGGGGCGAAGCAGGGAGAAAGCCUCCUACGCCACACUUUGUCUUGACAGGCGGCCCGGGCAGUGGCAAGACGACAGUAGCGAGAGAGAUGGGAGCUAUGCUCAAGCGUUUUGGUAUCCUGACGGCAGGAGAAGUCCAUACGGUUCAGCGUGGACAGUUGUGCGCAGAUGAUGCGCACAGGACUGUCCACACCAUCGUCAGAGAAUGGUUCGAGAAAGCCAAAGGUGGCAUUCUCUUCAUUGACGAGGCAGAAAGGCUCGUAAACGAGAAUCCCAAUCACUGUGGCAGGGAUGUUGCGGAGGAAAUCAUGUCGCAUCUCAACGAGGCUGAUGACACGGUAGUGAUCUUUGCAGGUUACGAGAAGGACAUGCGCAAGUUGUAUGCCGUCAACGAGGGUCUUGAACGCCGGAUCUACAUGGAAAUCCACUUAGCUGACUACGAGCCACGCGACUUGGUGGAGAUUUUCGAGCGAAAGGCACACGAAGAGGGUUACAAGCUUCGAUUCAACCUAACCUUCCUGCAAGAGAGCAUGAGCCAAAAGCAAGUGAAAAGUCUCAUUCCUCGUUACAAUGCUGGUCUGGUGGAUCAUCUCCUUUAUGCAGUCGAGACAGAGAUUUCGAGCCGGACCAAUGACACCCAGGCUGUCAUCAUGGAGAUCGAAAAGCAAGACAUUACAGAAGGGUUCAAAAAGAAGGUGGAUGAGUUGCAGCACAGGCCACACGGACAAACAAAGCUGUUCAGCCGCUAA